CCUUCUCAUCCCGUUUCUACUCUGAAGCACUCCAAAUACGGGAUACAAGAUGACACAGAGCAAAAUGACUACGCAGAGGACGAGAGCGAUCUGUUCGCUGCGAGGCCUGACCAACAAGAUCGGCCAGUCUCAAAGAGAAGACGACUGUCGCAAUCAGAGUACCUUGGAAUGACGAGUCACUUCACGCUUUUCAAAGAAAGCUCGGAACACUUGGGUUCCCCUCCAUACGAAGUGCAAACCCAAAAUAAUGAUCACCUGCUCCCGCCUUCGAGUUCGAUACCAAUUGAACUCAGUGAGACAAAACAGGGUGCACAUCUUCUUCAGUUAUUAAGAGAUCUACCUAUUUAUCGCAGAAUCGCCCAAUCUUAUCUUACCGCCACCCAGGACUGUGAAUUUAUGGGACAGCAACUCGUGGAACUCACUUUUGAUUCACUGCAGGAGCUCGCUGACAUUCCAACCCGGGGUGCCAAUAGCCUGUUGUCUCAUUCCCGUGAAAUCUUCAAACUUUUUUCAAAGCCAGUUCGUAUCCAUUCCUCGCUGACCUUUUCAGAAUUCAUGUCAGCUAUGUCAUACAGAUGGGAGAUCGUUGGUUUGGCAUUUUCGUUUGUAGGAUUCGGUACGGUGCUGCCCUGUGAUUGGGACUCUUUGUUUCACGCCGAAGGGAAACCAAUCAGUUCGAGAAGAGAAAUGGGGCUCUUGGCUCUGUCCGCAACUGAAACAUGCUUGAGAUUCUGCCAUGAAGCUGGUGCAUUGAAUGACGCUGUCAGUUGGUUGGUUCACCAGCAUACCUUUCUUACAACGCUCAUCCAAGGUGAUCGAGACUAUCGCUCCUGGAGAGCGCUAGGCGACCUAUCAACCAUCGUGUUCACCCUCGGUCUCAACCAGCCUUCUCCGGAUGACAGUAUACCUUUUUGGCUCGCAGAAACUCGGAAGAGGGUGAUGAGUGGCUCUUUCAGCGCAGACAAGCAGCUAGCAACAUUUCUCGGAAGACCUCCAAGGAUCAGCUGGCGUUUUUGUAACAUACCGCUGCCUUUGGACAUCAGUUUCACUGAUGUUAUCGCCGAGCCGAGUGUCAGAGAUGCCGCUAUUAGAAGGCUAGACGCUGAUGGUUGGAAUACCGUUGAGAAUGAUUCACAAGCGGUCUGGCUAAGGUGCGUUUUACUGAUGGGCCCGGUCCGAGAAAGCAUUUUGGAGCUCUCAUUAAGCCAGAAUGUCGAAAAUUUGCCACAAAGAAUCGAGGAGCUUUUGCAGCAAUCGAGAUUGGUAUGGGAGGGCCUUCCUUCUUUUAUACAUCGACGGCAUGACCCUAGACUAUCAUCCCGACUUCCUAAUGUCAAAGAAAGCAUCAAUCUCCAACUGCACAUGGAUCAUAUAUAUGACCAGUUCCUACUACAUCGCAUAUAUUCGAAGCGACUAAACCUGUGGUCUCCGGAUCUUGUCAAGGUUUCUCACGAUAUCAUGAAUCAGAUAAUUCAGCUUGUUGAAAAUCGUAUUCGAAUUAUGCGGCUUUCUCCAGAGCUCUCAUGGGUGAUAUGCUUUUACGGCCUCCCAACAGCCGGCGUGCUUUCAAUUGAGCUCGUCCAUCGCUGCUCGGCCCUUCAUAUGAAUUCAUCAUCCCUUUCACCAGAUGUGGCAGCAACUACAUUUCCCAAAUCUCAAGUCAUACAAAACCUGACAAUUUUCGCGUCCUAUCUCCAGAUUAUAAUUCAGUCACAUGAAGGUAACUACGAUAUUUGUCAGCAAGCCCGGCAGACAAUCUUGCGCGUUCUAGAUGUUGUUUUGUCGCCUCAGCCUACCCAAUCGGCGUUUCACUCUAUGGAUAACACCGCGGAGUUGGCCCUUGCAAAUGAAACUCAUGUUGCAGAUAUCCCUGGAUUAUAA